AUGGCCAGCUGGAGGGGGGCGACGGCGGUUGGCGACGUCGCGGGGCUGCGGCAGGAGUCGCGAGCGGCGACGCGCUGCGGGGGAGGGCCGCGGUCGCCGAGCGGGAGCGGGGAAGCGGGCGCCGUGAGGAACGGCAGCAGGGUCACGGUGGCGCGUGGUCGCGGGGCCGGAAGCGGCCAGCGCGGGGUGAUGCAGGAGAGCGCACAUGAGCGGACGAGGGGCGCGGUGUCCGCGGCGACGGUGACCAGCGUGGUGCGGGGAAGAGGAGAAGGAGGGGGGCCUCACGGGGGGUUCGUAGGGGACUGGGCAGCGGGGCGCGGGGAGGAGGACGGGGACGACGGCGUCGGAGACGGGGAGGCAGACCGGCGGGGAGGCGUGGUCGAGGCGGCGUUCGGGGCGACGGUGACGUGGUCCAGCGGCUUCGGGGGCGUCGGGUGGCGCGGUGGUCUCGGGCGAGGAGCGACGGGGAUCGAUCCCGAUCCAGACCGGAUCGGGAGGGGGCGAGUGGCGACGUCGGGGGAGGGGGAAGUGGGGCGACGUGCGGACUAG